AUGAUUCGAUCAAGCUAUGUUGAAUGGCAAGAAAAUCCAGUCAAAUUGAGCAUUACAGACAAAUGGUCGCUCAUUGACAACAUUCCAUUUCCGACACUUACAAUUUGUCCGGCAAUCAAAACACAAAGAAAAAUUAUAGAUUUGACAUCUGCAAUCAAGUCUCCACUCAAUUUAAGUGAUAGAAAUUUUUCAAGUGAACACAUUUACGAUUUAAUUGAAAUGAUUGCGCCAACUUCAGACAAUUCCAUGAUAUUUUGUCUGUGGAAGGCUACCGCCACGGAUGUUCCCUGUGGAAAUAUUAUAGUUCCUGUUUUAACUGAGGACGGACUUUGUUUUUCUUUAAACGCUAUGAAUUCACAUGAAAUGUACACAGAACGGAUGGUCUAUGGAAUGAUGAUGGUUAAGAGCAAUCCAAAUGGAUCGUCACGUUGGAGUAUGGAAAAUGGAUACACAAAACUAUAUGAUGAUGAGAAUUAUCCAUAUCCAGUCAAGCCUCUUCAAUGGGGACGUCUUAAUUAUUUAGCUAUAACGCUAGCAACACUUGUAAAAGACAUCGAGUAUCAAUGUGGAUUCGAUCAGGGAUUCAAAUUAAUUUUAUCAACGCCUGGUGAUGCAGUGCAAACAUCACAAAAUUAUUUCCGAUUAUCAAAUUCACAAAGGGCACUUAUUCGAAUCAUGCCCGAAUUGACAAUAACCACUGAUAAGUUGCGUCACUUUCAGCCAUCGCAACGAAAAUGUUUCUUUCAAUCCGAUCGACGAUUGCAUUUCUUUAAAAUUUAUUCGAAAAUCAACUGUGAAGAGGAGUGUUUGGCCAAUUUUACUCAAAACACUUGUGGAUGUGUGAAAUUCUCUAUGCCAAGAGACAAAGGAACGAAAAUCUGUGGCGGUGCAAAGAUAGAAUGUAUGAAAGAGGCACAAAGGAAAUUUUCUACUACGCAGACAGGAAGGGCAUUCCGUGAUGAAUGUAAUUGCAUGCCAGCCUGUACAUUUGUGAAAUAUAAGGCAUAUAUACUUCGCAGUCAUGAUAGUUCUAGUGAUGAAUUUUCAUCUCUGGGGUAA